AUGAAAACCGACCUGGAGCUGGCGCUGGAAUGCGCCGUCAACAUCUACCACCGGUACGCGGUGCAGCGCCCCGUGGACGACUACCUGAGCAAGAACGAGUUCUCCAAGCUGCUCAAGGAGACGGCCGAGCCUUUUCUGCGGAGCACGGCGCCGCCCAACACCAGCACGGACAGCUACAUCCAGCAGCUCUUCACCAAAGCCGACGCCAACCACGACGGCCGCCUCAAGUUCACCGAGUUCCUGACCACGCUGAGCCUCGUGGCCAUCGAUGCCCACAACAGGUCCCACAAGGGCCCUGGUGAUGACCACGGCCACGGGCACGGGCAUGACCACAGCCACGGGCAUGGGCAUGACCACGGGCACGACCACGGGCACGGGCAUGGCCCUGGCCACCGUCACUGAGACGGAAACAUCGCCCACUUUGGCCGAGCCACGGGACUCUGCGUCCCCCCAGGAGCUUCGGCCCUUGCCUGUAACCAAACCUUUGUCACCUGCUUCUACUUCGUGGCAUUGAAAUAAAAUCUCUUCCUUUGAGCACCAAA